UGGUGCGCUGUGUCACUCGGACACAGCGGAUCACCGAUCCACGGAAAGAGCCGAAGAUGUCGGCUCAGUCAUGUGAUCAGCUGUGUUCAAUCACAGCUGAUCACAUAAGCUGUCACGCUGAGAGCACUGAUGAUCAGAUUGCCCUGAUGAUCAGUGUGGCCCAGCUGUGCCACCUGUUAGUGUCCAUCAGUGCCAUGUGUCAGUGCUCAUCCAUGCCACCUACCAGUGCCCAUCAGUGCCACGUCAGUGCCAUAUUUCAGUGCCUACCCCCCCAGUGCACAUCAAUGCCGCAUAUCAGUGCCCAUCUGAGCUGCCUUUCAGUGUCGCCUAUCAGUGCCAGUCAGUGCCACCUAUCAAUGCCAGUCAGUGCCACCUAUCAGUGCUGCCAACCAGUGCCACCUAUCAGUGCCAGUCAUCAGUGCCGCCUAUUAGUGUGCAUCAGUGCCGCCUAUCAGUGCCCAUCAGUGCUGCCUAUCAGUGCCACCUAACAGUG